AUCAGCAAAUAAGUUGCGUUAACUCUUUAAUUUUAAUUCCACAUUUAUAUUAAAUUCUUCAAAAAUGUACUUUCUUUUGUAGAAUCCGAUAGCACAAUCUCCAAAAAUAUAUUUCUUUUGUAAAAUCCGACACGCACAAUAGUCAUCCUACAUCAUUCAGAAUCAAGCUUCACAAGUCACCAUAAUCUACACCAAAACAAUCCACAAGACUCUUCAAUGGUCAAAUGAAACAUUAACUCCUAUAAUGUCACUUCCUUCAUCAUCAUUUUUAGCUAAUUCAAUCUUCAUAUCACACAAACACUUUAUUAGGAAAUCCCAAACAUGUCAACAAUGUCAAACAAGAAUCUUGUUAUCAAAACUUACACAAAAUGUUGUUAUUGAUAAACAUAGAGGUAGCACAAAACCAAUCUCCUUUCAGUUUCCCUUUUUGUUACUACCUCUUUGUAUUGGUUGGAGUUCUUCUCUAUCAUUUAGUUCUUCUUUUGCUCUUUCUUGUUCUCCUUUUCAUAUUUUACACAGAUUUCAGUCACCUCCUCUCUCAUCUCCUAUGUCCUCUUUGAGUUCUGAGCAAAAUUCUGGCCAUGAUGCUAAAACAGUUUGUUGUGGCUUUCAGGUUAGAGCUGUGAUUAAAGGGAGAGUGCAAGGGGUGUUCUACCGAGACUGGACUGUGGAGAAUGCGAAGGAGUUGGGCUUGAAAGGCUGGGUUCGAAAUCGGAGGGAUGGAACAGUGGAAGCUUUGUUUUCUGGAAGCCCGGAAAAGGUUCAGGAGAUGGAACAGAGGUGCCGGAGGGGUCCACCAUCUGCCAUUGUCACUGGACUAGAUGUCUUCCCUUGUGAUGACGACCCCGGAACAGGUUUCAAACGCAAACAAACAGCUUGAUCAUAUUGUCUAGGCUCUAAAUUGUACUCCUGUUUUUCUAACUUGCUUUUGCUGCAUGUUAAAAGUGGCAAUAAGUAUACCUUGUUUAUACAUACAGCGUCUUUGAAAUGUUGAGGAUUUUAUCGCUAAAAAUUUUCUCGUUGAUAUUAUGCUUGAUUGAUCAAUAAAUGAGCUUAAUCUGCUGUAGCUUGGCAGUUUGAAAUUUGAAA